AUGGCGGACGGAUUAACUUUUAGCACGCCAAAGAGGAGACUGACGAUUGAUAAGUGUUCCUUCCGCGAUGAAAAGGAAACAUUCAAACGACACAUAGAAGAACAUCCCUUCAAUCAUGCGGUGGAGAUAACUGUACCAGAUUGUUUACUUGAGAAUGUUACACAGUGUUUUCAGAACAUUUCACCAUCUCAGGAUUCUUAUUGUUUGAUUGACCUACCCGUGCAUGUCUUCACAGAAGUGGAGUUUAUCAAGACAUUUCUACAAAAUGGCCAGUUUAUUGCACUUAGCUGGGAAACACACAUUGAUGCAGGCAACUGUGCAGCAGUCCUUCCAGCUGGAGUCCUCAUUCUUUCUUUGGACAAAGACAUGUAUGAGCAGUUGGGUCUCACAGGGAAACCAUCAGUGUUCCAAAAGAAACACAGAUUCAAUAUAGAGAUUAAUCUGGCUUCAUCAAAUUUUGUUCCUGGAAAAAAGAUCUAUGACAGAGUCAGAUGGUGUUUAAAGGACAACCUGCCUUUAAAAUUCAAGUUUCUCAUGAGUUGGACAAAUGAAGGUCAGGUAUCAACGAGUAAACUCCACUCUUUCUUCAGCUCAUUUUGUGGCCAGAUGUUGCCAAAUACAGAGGAUAUGAAAAAAGUUCAGAACCAUCAGAAAGCUCCAAAGAUAAGCUUUGACAAGUCAAGUUUCACAGAAGAUAGCACCAGCACAGAGAAUGAUGUUUGUGACUGUAUGUCAUUUUUUGAAUGGCUUGGAUGUGUUACUUGUGGAGUGGAUUGCUCAGCAGCCUAUUCAGACAGUUAUAUAUCAACAUUAACAUGUCCAGAACCAUCCCGCAACAUGAAACAACUGAUUACAUGCCGCUGGACUGGAAUGAUUACAAGCAAAAGCAUUUUAACAAUAAUACAGACUGUAAGAAACCUUCUAAAGACAGCUGAACUUCCUUGGGUAUCAGUGACUGUGUGGGGAUUUACUGACUGUCCAGUCACAUGGAAACAGAAAGAACAUGGACACUUUGUCAGUGGAGAGAACUUGUACACCUUUGUGGUGUUUCCCAGUGAUCAGUACUGGCUCUAUACAGCUAUGGGUGGUCAGGAUGUUGGUUUAUAAGCUGUUAUGUGGCUGAAGUACUGGGUGACGUAACAAGAAAUUUGUCAUUACCCAUGAUUAUUGUCAAGUACAUGUAUACUCACUGUUGGCAUUGGUUUCAUCAUUCACGGAUUACUCCAGUUGGCAUGUAGACCAGUACAAGUGAGGCGCUGGCAUUUGCCCAAUCCAACAAAAUAUUCUUUUUGCCACUUGCUGUGAGUAGGUAGUAAUUCAGACCGGGCAAUUUUGACACAUGUAUUUGCAUUGUGUUGUGUUCUUAGGCAAGACAGUUUACUCUCACAGUGCCUCUCUUCACCCAUGUGUUUAAAUGGGUACCAGCAAAGUUAAUGCUGGGUGGUAACCCUACAACGGACUGGCAUUCCAUCUGCGGGGGGGGGGGGGAGUAGAAAUACUCCUAGUUGCUUCAUGCUACAGAAACUGGAUUUAAGCGCUGGCCUGAUCAGCCACUUGGCUCGUAAACUGGCUUUACACAUUUCCAAACCAGAGCCUCUUAACAAAGUUGAAGGCCCAAAUCACUUCCAACAGUGUUAGCAAGUGCAAAGUCUGCCUUCAUGGAUUAGUUAGCCUCCUCCUCAAACUUUUUCUAGCAGAGCAGCCUUGCCAGACAGUUGUACUGUAUAUCAACACUUACAUGUCUUGGACCAUCUAGAACCAUUUGAUUUUAUGUCAGGUAUUACAUAUUUAUUUAAAAUAGAUAUUAGAAAGGAAAAAGAAGUCUGCAAAUAACAACUGGUAAUCGGAAAAAUGUUUAAUUUGAAACUAAAGAAUGGAACAGUUUGGUUUCUGAUCCAGAAAGCAAUUAGAAGACAGUGCAGUCAAAAUACCUAGAAUAAACAACGUCAUCUUCCUUGGAAAUCUUUUUUUGAGAUUCAACCACAUUAAUUUUGCCUUUUGUCAGGUGAAAACAACAACUUGAAAAUGUACUCAGUAGCUUGAUAAAUGAGCUGGUUGUGGACAAAAAUUUUUUUUCAGGCCUGUCUUGUUUAUAGAACAGACAAUAAUAAACUUUUGUCUGAUAUUUAAUGGACAUUACUGUAACAGUAACUAUGAUUUAUUUCUUGAGGCAAAGUGUUGCUUGUUAACGUAUAUUAAAUGAAUUGAAGAUGACGUUACAUUGUAUGUAAUUGAAAUGAGGGUUGAAAUGUAACUCACAGGCCUGGAUGUCAGAGACAAGAUUUCUCACUCAAACAAGUUAAGCUCCAUACCUGUGGAAGGGCAAUUCAACUUUGAUGUUGAAUGAUGAUGUUUACAAAUACCCAAAAGGCCUGGUACCAUUCAAACUUUGCCUAUACUCAGAAUUAUCUACAGAAAUGUUCAUCUCCUUGGAAUAAACAACAACAUUCUAUUUCAAACAGUUGAUUUACGCUAUUUAAUAUAUUUCCAAAUCCAAAAUCAAUUGUUUGACAAGCCAAGUUUAAAAAUACAAUCAUCAUUUGUAAACUAUUCAUGUUAAAAAUGGUUAUUUGCAAAAGAAAAAAAUUAAAUUAAAAUUGAAAUAAUUUACUAAAACUACAUUUAUAAGACUCACUGUAAAAAAUAGCUUGGAUUCAUACUUUAAAAGAAAAAGAAAUAAUUCUUAUAAAAAUAAAAGUGAUC